AUGCAAGGAAAUACAAAAAUACGCCCUGAUGACAUCAACAAAUUACGUCAUUUAGAAGAUCACAGUUACUCCUUCGGCCCAAAUAAUAAUUCUUCAACAGAUGACAAUAAAGGCACGGUGGAACCAUGUACAACACCAUGCACACCAGUGACUGAAGAACAACUGACAUUGGUUGAAUGUGAUGAUGUCCAAAAUGGGAUUAUUGUGGAAUUAAAAACCAAUUAA